AUGCCUCCCGCUCCAGCGGCUCAGACUCAGCAAUCAGCGGCGAAGCGCCAGAAGUCUAACGUUGGGUCCGCACUGAAGAAACCAGCCGGACCAGAUUAUCAAGAGGGUAUCCGGUACUGGGACAGCGUGCCUGCCAGUGUCGACGGUGUUCUUGGUGGCUAUGGCAACGGGCCCGUCCCUCAUAUCGAGCAGCUCUCUUCCCGACUCCUCCUCCUCUCCCUCCUACCCUCUCUCCACACUUUCGCCUCUCCUCUCACACCUACACCGUCCCCUCCGCCAGCUCAUCGCCUUACGGCGCUAGACGUUGGAGCGGGUAUAGGUCGAGUCACGCGCCACGUUCUCCUCCCCCUCUUUGACGACGUCGUCCUCGUCGAGCCGGUCGACAAGUUCGUACGCGAGGCACAGCGCAGUGCAGCAUCAGGCGAAUGGCGCGAUCUGCCUAGAGUAGGCAAGCAGCCAUCGGAUGAUGGAGGCAAUAUGACAAAGUGGAAGGAGGAUAAGCGGAAAGUGGACGAGGCGAAGCAGGGGCGAGGAAAGAGGGUGCUAUGCGUCAAGGGAGGGCUGCAGGGGCUGGAUCCAGCCUAUCCUUUGAGAGGGGACAUGUUCGAGUCGGUGGGUGUAGUAGGGGAAGCGACGGCUGGCGAGGGAGCGGAAUUGGGCAUAGAUGACGAAGAGGUGGUGUAUGAUGCGAUAUGGUGUCAAUGGUGUCUGGGGCACAUGGGCCACGAGGAUCUCGUCGCCUUCCUCCGCAAGUCGAAGGCUGCUUUGCGGAAAUCGGAAGACAUCACCGAGGAACCAAAAGCGGGCGGCUACACCUCGCUCAUCUUUGUCAAGGAGAACGUCUGCGAAGACGCCGAAUCGGGCAAGGGAAACGAGUUCUUGGAUCCUGAGGACUCGAGCUUGACCAGGUCAAAUAACAAGUGGUCGGAGGUAUUCAAAGACGCCGGGCUCGAGGUGGUCAAGGAGGAAGUGCAGCACGGGAUGCCAGACGAGCUGUUCAUGGUGAAGACAUGGGCUCUGAGGUGA